AUUAAAUAAGCCCCAUAAGAUAGAACAGUGGAAAAAAAGAAGGGUUCAGGAUGUUGAAUAAUCAGUAAGAUUGGGGGUUUAAAUAGAAAUAAGAGAAACUUCGUCCCCUUAUUCUGUGUGUAACGGCGACAGUCUUGAGAGCAAAAGCGGCGGCGGCUCGGCGACGGUGGGUUUUUUUCUUUUCUUACCGGAGUUUUGUGAAUUGAUUUUUAGGAGAUUUUUUACAAGAGAAUUGAUCGGUGAGGAAGAUGGAGUUUUGCCCGACAUGUGGGAACUUGCUGCGUUACGAGGGUGGUGGCAACUCCAGAUUCUUCUGUUCCACGUGUCCAUACGUCGCCUACAUCGAAAGACAGGUGGAAAUAAAGAAGAAGCAACUUCUGGUUAAGAAAGCCAUUGAACCUGUUGUGUCUAAAGAAGAUAUACCAACAGCAGCCGAAACCGAAGCUCCAUGCCCGAGGUGCGGCCACGACAAGGCAUACUUCAAAUCAAUGCAGAUUCGUUCAGCUGAUGAGCCAGAAUCAAGAUUUUAUAGAUGCUUGAAGUGCGAGUUCACUUGGCGUGAAGAAUGAUAAUGAUGAUCUUUAUUCACCUCUGACUUUGCUUAUUGAAAACUUUUUUUUUUUUUUUUUUUCUACUUAUGCUAUCUUCUUUGAGUCUGUUUUAUUUACCUCAUUGGCAAUGUUGAAGAUCCUCUGCUUUCAA